AUGAAGUUCUUGGCAUUCUCAGCUCUUCUUCUCGGCCUUAUGGACGCCGGCAUAUGCGAGCUGAGCGAUGGCCGUUGUUACUUCCCUGACCACACCAGCUCUCCAUGCCACGAAGACGCCCCUUGCCUCAAAUACCACUACAUUUGCACCCUACUCGGCCCCAUGGUACAGUGCAGCGAGCGGGGCUUCAAGUUCGGUGACGGCCUGGGCUCCCCGCGGGGUGCUCAACGGAGCGGCCAGAAAAAAGGCGGCGGCAGUGCUCGGGGGUUGCAGGGCCGUCGCCGCAAUGGCCGCAGCUGA